CUUUAGGCAUAAAUGGUCGUGAUUUUUAAGGCUGUAUCAAAAGCGUUAUUGGUGCGCUUUGUUUAGAAACAUUAGCGAUUGCCGUUUGAAUUAGCCGCCGAUAAAAUCAGUCGAAGGCUAGUCAAGCUGGCAACUGUAACGAUAUAUCAAGCGUAAUGUUAGCAAUCGUCGUCGUUCCGCUCUGUUUCUUAAUGCCGAUACCGAAGAUCACUGCGCAUAUUUCAAGUGGGACAGACUUACCAUUCGACACGCAUAUCUUCGUCCACGAUAAUACGGAAUAUAUUUUGUGCAACUACGGUGUCACCUGGCAUGAGGCUCGUGUUAUAUGUUCGAGUUACAAAGCUGAGCUUGCGACGGUGGACAGCGAUCGACGAGCGCAAGCUGCGAGUCGCGCGAUCACCGACAGUGAUAUAUGUAAGUAUGAGAGCUCAGUCGGGAUCGAGGGAAACUCCAGUGGAAAUUCACUCGAAGAGGAGGUGCAUCCUGAGUUUCCGAUUGUAACUCAAUCGUGAGGAAACCUUUGAUGAACACAGGCUGAAGAUGCAAAAUCUCAAGAAUGGUAAUAACUGUGCAAACAGCGAUCAGCGAUCAUGUGUGGAUCGGAGCGCGCGAGGACUCUCCCGACUCCUGGUUUUGGCUCUCGGGCGGAAACAGAAUGAUGAUCCUGAGGAAUGUAUCGCGACGAAACGUCGUUUUACGGUAUUCAAAUUCCUCCGACGAGGACUUACGAUGCCUGAGCAUAGACCGAGUGAGUCACGAUGCAUCGGUUUUCGUCUCGUUGCGAUGCAACCAACGGAAACCCUUCAUGUGUCAACGAGGUAAAGAGAAGUCUAGCGAUGCAAGUAUGAAGAUGAUGAGUUCCACUCGCAUCGACAAGGAAGAAUUUAUUUUGUAUUCUACGAGACUCACUUGGCCGGAAGCUGUGAUGAGCUGUCGCAAGGAAGGUUUGCAGAUUGCUGAAGUCAAGACGACGGCAGAAGCUCAGUCCUUGGCGUUUCUCAUGAUACGAGCUCGGCCUGAAUCGAUCGAGAAUGCAUGGAUCGGCGGUUAUGCGAACGAUAAUACAUGGAAGUGGUUGCCGUCCGGCAGCAACAUUUCGAACAAUGAUUUAUGGAGAGACGACAACGGAGAAUCUCACGGUUGCCUUUUGUUGGACAGGCACGUGUGCGAAUUACCGGUUUACCUGGGGGCCAAGUGCGACCGCAAACGCGAUGUUAUAUGUCAAAAGCCAUCUUUCAAGAAGUGGAUAAGCGAAAAGCCCGUUCCGGUUUACAUCGGAGGAUGCUCUUAUUGGAUCGGAUUCCGCGAGCUUACAUGGUUCCAAGCUCAGCUUUCGUGUAAAGAAUUGAACGCCUCGCUCGUCAUACUGGAUUCCCCGAGAGUAAUUAGCCAUAUGAUAUCUCUGAUGGAGGAUAACAGAGGAGAAUUACGACACAUUUGGACCGAUGGUCGGCGAAAGUUGAUGAAACUUGACGGCACGACGACGCGCAGGUGGAUUUGGGAAAGCAGCGGUGAACCAGUCUCGGAAAUAGGGGCGAGCUUCGUUCCAUGGUGCACAACUGGGCAAUGUCACAAUGAUAACGGGAAUUGCUUGAACGUGGAUCGCGCAGAUCACGAUACUCCUAUCGUGUACGGACUAUCUUGCAAGCAGAGCCAGACGUACGUGUGUCAACCUUGGUCGGGAGCGUGCGUGGCCCGAAGAACGAACUCGAAGGAGAGUCCCGCGUCGUUACACGACAACAAUCAUCUGCCACGGCUACUUCCGUCAGCAGAGACAACGACGACGUCUCAUCAGGACGAAGAAGUUAAUCGGGAGGAGACUCUUCGUGCCAUUGUGCCUUCGUCGAUCAAUGCGAGUCGAAGUCUUCCGUCGAAGUCAACGAGUCGGUUUAACGAUUUGCUCGGUAACAACAACACGCCUUUGUUAAAGAAUAACGAGACUUUCGACGGAAUGAUACUCAGACUGAAGCACUCGCCGUUCAGAGUGUUUGAUGGGAGAUCAAUGCUUUAUGGUAAUGUCAGAAUGUAUCCAUGGGCGUUUCGUCCUUUUGUCCUCUAUCCUUUGAUUGGUCGAUAUUAUUAUUAUUAUUAUCCACGACAUUACCUCCGAUCUGAUAAAAGAAAAAUAAUGUUAUAUCGGUAACAUUGGAUAUAUAAGAUUGGAAAGACGGGAAGAAUUAUGUCACGAUACAAAGAAGUUAAGUCACUUAGUAUUAGAACUGUUAAGAAUUAGUACAUCCGGUUUCUAUCGGUUGAAACGGUGGAUUUUUGAAAAAAUACAUUGUGCAAGGGCAAACUGUUUAACUAUUCCUUUUAGUUUUUUGUU